AUAUUUUGUCCAAAAACCGGCCUGGACAAGCCGAGUUUCAACCCAAACGCCUUGCGGUUCUAAUAGUUGGGCAUAGCGGAAAGGCAGGAGAGAAGACAUGGGAAAUCAAAAGCAGGAAGAAGAAGACAAUAGAAGAGAAACAGCGAUCGCUUCUACCGGUUCUUUGCAACCCAACUUCAAGCCUGUUGGUGUUACUCCUCAACAGCUUUCUAAAUUCCAAGAGCUUCACAGGAGGCGUCUACAAAUAAAAGCGAAAUCAAAGAUUCACAAGAAACCAAAAGAUCAAGCCAAAAGAUUUUGUGCCAAAUACAUGAAUUCUGCAUGUUCUCAAGAAUCAGAUUCAAACACCAAAGUUGAAGAUGAAAGUGUUCCAAACUCAAAGAGCCAUAGUGAAGAUGAUAAUCCCUUUACACUACAAGACAAUGAUGUUGUGCAACUUGCAACAAAAAAGCGGCAGAAACUGCAUUGGGGGCUUGAUACAAAGGAAAGAUGGGAAAGGAAAGCCAACAUGUAGAUUUAUUUCUGAAGAAAGUACAGCUUCUUUGAGUAAUUAUUGUUGCGACUCUUAUUUCCUUUUCGGAUUACGGCACCUCUGAGGCAUAUGCUAGUUGUGCAUCCGAAAAUUCUUAAUUUGAUGAAUGUAAAUAGCGCUAGGACUAUGAAACAAAGGAUAACGUAACACAAGUAAAUCCUUUUAUUCUAACUCAAGUAAAAGGUUAAAAUCAAACUAGAAAUAUAUCAAGUCUAAUUUCAGAAUGAA